AUGUCAAAUUAUAUUCUACCACCAAUAUCAAGCAUCACUUCACUGGACACCCAGGCCAAGGUACAGCUUCUCACGCAUCUGUUUGAAAAAUGCGAAACACUCACUUCUUAUCUUGUUCCGGAGCUAUUCAACCAGAAUCACACCUCUUAUGUGAAUCUCAUCGAGGCAGCCCGAAGUUUGCUUUUGAAACUAUUGGAGGGGUCAGAUUUCCAGCGGAUCAACCGUAUCAUUGCGGCUCACCCUAGGUUGGGUCCCCAGAAGCAGCAGCUGUCAUCGCACUCUUCGUCUGAACAAAAGUCUCUGGCAGCAUCCUCUCCGGAGGAAACAGAGAAACUCGUUUCGUUGAAUGAAGAAUACGAGGCUGUGUUCCCCGGGCUGAGAUACGUGGUGUUUGUAAAUGGCCGGUCGAGGGCCAGUAUCAUGGAGAACAUGAGGAAACGCAUAGACCGUGGAGAUGUUGGCCUUGAGAGGCGAGAGGCAUUUGAAGCGAUGUGCGAUAUUGCACUUGAUCGGGCAAAAAAAUUGGGUGCAAAGCUAUAA